GGCGUCAUCCGCCAGGGGGCGUGGCGUGGCGUGGCGUGGGGUUUGCCCCUUGCCCUUCCAGGCGGGACUCCGCUGCCUCCCCGACCGAGGCCGAGCAGGACCCACGGAGGGACGGACGGAGGGUCGGCCUGGCCAUGGGUCGCGUCUCCCGGAGCCUGGCUCCCGCCGUGGCCUUGGCCCUGUCCGCCCUGCUCUGCUGCCCGACGGGCCUGGGCCUGGAGCCCCUCCGCUGGUGCGCGUCCUCGGAGGCCGAGCUGUCCAAGUGCAGCGCCAUGGGCAAGGCCUUGGCGGGGGUCGAGCUCCGGCCGGGACUGGCCUGCCUCCGCGCCGCCUCCGCCCGGCACUGCCUCGCCCACAUCCGCGAUGGCUUGGCAGACGUGGUGUCCGUGGACGGGGCCCUGCUGCUUGAGGCCGGGAGGGACUUUGCCCUGAAGCCGGUGGUCUCGGAGUCCUAUGGACAAGGCCCGGGGGUCUCCUACUGGGCAGUGGCCGUGGUGCGGCGAGGGUCGGGGCUGUCGGUGGAGGGUCUGCAGGGGUCGCGCAGCUGCCACUCGGGCCUCAACCACACUGCCGGGUGGCGCGUCCCCCUUGGCGUCCUCCUCGCCUCCGGAAGGAUGUCCGCCCCGGGAUGCGACCUGCCCCAAGCGGCCUCCCACUUCUUUGGCGCCAGCUGCGUCCCGGGGGCGGUGGGCGAGGGCUUCCCGGCCUCUCUGUGCACGCUCUGCCGGGGGGACGGCGGAGGGGCCGCGCGCUGCCAGGAGGGGCCCCAAGAGCGCUACUUCGGAGACCUGGGCGCCUUCAGGUGUCUGGCGGAGGGCACAGGCGGGGUGGCCUUCCUCAAGCACAGCACCGUCCCAGAUGCCCUGCAAGGGCCGGAUCCGCCUCCUUCGUGGGCGCAGGGCCUGCAGGCGUCAGACUUCGAGCUGCUCUGCCGCGACGGGGGCCGGGCGCCCAUUGAGGACUGGCAGCGCUGCCACUGGGCCCGCGUCCCUGCCCACGCGGUCGUCACCCGGCCGGACGUGGAUGCGGGGAUGGUGGCAGGGCUCCUGCUGCAGGGGCAGCAAAUCUUUGGUGGAGACCCCUCCUCCUCCUCGCCUCCUUCGGCCUUCCAGAUGUUCACCUCGGAGCCCUUCGGCGGGAGGGACCUGCUCUUCAAGGACUCCACCGUGGAGCUGGUCCCGAUCCCCGCUGCCCAGCAGAGCUACCAGGCCUGGCUGGGAGAGGGCUUCCUCCAGGCCAUGAGCGCCCAGGACUGCGGCCCUGACGGACUGCCGGAGACCCUGCGCUGGUGCGUGUUGUCCACGGAGGAGGUGCACAAGUGCAGCGAAAUGGCCACUGCCUUCAAGCAACAAGGCCUGAGGCCCCCGGUCCAGUGCGUCUCGGCAGAGUCCCGCAGGCACUGCAUGGAGCAGAUCCAGAAAAGGGCCAUUGAUGCCGUGACUCUGUCCGCAGAGGACGUUUACACAGCCGGGCGGGUCUACGGGUUGGUUCCGGCCGCAGGAGAAAGCUACGCAGAGGAGGAUUCCAGCGGUUCCUACUACGCCGUGGCCGUGGUGCGCAGGGCCAGCGCAGAGAGCGGGGCCUUCACCAUCUAUGAGCUCCAGGGGAAGAGGUCCUGCCACACGGGGUUCGGGCGAAGGGCCGGCUGGGUGCUCCCGGUGGGCCUCCUCCUGAGCAAGGGCCUGGUCCAGCCCCGGGGCUGCAGCGCCCCCGAAGCCGUGAGCGCCUUCUUCUCCGCCAGCUGCGUCCCCACAGAGGAUCUCCAGGGUUACCCACCCAACCUGUGUGAAGCCUGCGCUGGAGACGGCAACGGGGGCCACAAGUGCGAGGCCGACAGCCAGGAGCGCUACUACGGUUAUGACGGGGCCUUCAGGUGCCUGGCGGAGGGCAGUGGGGACGUGGCCUUUGUCAAGCACACCUCGGUCUUUGAGAACACGGACGGUCGCAACUCCGCUCCCUGGGCCUCACACCUGCGCUCGGCCGACUUCCAGCUGCUGUGUCCCAACGGGGCUCGCGCCGAGGUGGGCCAGUUUGCCGGGUGCCACUGGGGCCGGGUGCCUCCGCGGGCCGUCAUGGUCCACCCAGAGACCAGCGCUGUGGCCGUCUACGGACUCCUGGACAGAGCACAGGAUUUCUUUGGGGUCAACAACAACAGCAGCAGCAACAGCAGCAACAGGUUUGAGAUGUUUAGUUCCUCUGUCUACAAGGGGAAAGACCUGAUCUUCAAGGAUGCCACCAGGGCCAUUGUACCUGUGGGUGAGAGGACCACCGCCGAGGCCUGGCUGGGGCGGUCCUUCCUGGAGGCCAUGGAGGGCUGGGAGGCCUUCCCCUCUUCCUCUCCGGAGUGCUCAAGAGCAGCAGCCGGCCCCACGGUCUUUCCUCCUCUGCUGCUUCUACUGCCAAGCCUGGCUUUCGCUCAGUGGCUCUCCAUCUGACCUUGGGACUAGGAGGCAAUCCAAUGGACAAUCCAAUGGCACUGGCGAGGGAGGCUGGCCUUCCUUUCUACCCCUCCACAUCCACAGAUGAGACCUUCUCUGAAGGCCCUGGGCUUGGAAGCCUCCUGCCACACAGACUUUGCCUGGGAUGUUGCUCCUGGGAAGCCUUACCUGUGAGAGGCCCCAGGACAAAGGAAUACCUGCUGCUCCUGGACUCUGCCCCUGUUCCUGACGCAGAGCAAUAUCUGAAUAAAGCUUAAUUUGAAUAAAGCUGUAUCUGACACUA